AUGAUGCGAUCGAUCAUCUCGCCGGUUGUCUCCGGCCUGCGCCCGGGCGGUCGUCGACCGACGUUCAGUCGCAGCUGGAUUCCGAGAAACACACCCUCCCGGCUCAAGAACAUGUCUGACUCGACUCACAACAAGAAGCGGCCUUCCUUCGAGCUCGGCUCGGCUACGGUCAAGACCUCACAGCCCUUGGAAAGCUCCCAGGCUAAAUGGCUUGGACUUACAUCGAUCGAUUGGGUCGACGAGACGGGCAAGGAACGCAAGUGGGAAGCUUCUUAUCGCAAGACGGCCGGAGAAUCAUCGAGCGACAAGCCAGAUGCGGUGGCAAUCUUCGCCGUCGUAUCCAGGCCCCAACAGCCGCCCUCGACCAUCCUCGUUUUCCAGUUCAGACCACCGGUUAACAAGAUCGUAGUCGAGCUGCCGGCCGGGUUAAUCGACGAGGGUGAGAAUGCCGAGACAGCUGCUUUACGAGAAUUGCUUGAGGAAACCGGAUACGGCAACGGGCCUAAUGGCGGCCAGGCUAAAGUCGAAGAGAUCAGCGAGAUUCUUGUGAAUGACCCCGGGAUGAGCUCGGCCAACAUGGUCUUAGCCAAAGUGUCUGUCUCCUUAGACCGAGCCGAUUUGGUGCCGGAGCCUCAACAAGAACAAGGCGAACAUAUCAAAGUCGAACUCGUAGCUCUCAAAGAUCUCUAUAAAACUUUGCAACAGUACAACCAGAAAAAGGGCUACGUGGUGGAUGCUCGACUCAUGCAUCUUGCCUUGGGCAUCGCUAUGCAGUGA